AUGGCAGUGCAUCAAGUGUUGCACCCCGGCAUCCGACCACACGAGGCUGCCUUCGUUGAUAAGUGGUCUUCUGGCGACUUUCCGCACAAUGGCCAGUUUGAGGCUUUGAGUUACGUGUCGAACUACAGACUCACCCAGGGUUAUGACGUGAUCUCAUUUCGUGGAUGGCACUGCCACAUGAUUCGCCCGUUGGCGAAUCAGGAUGGGAGUCUAUGGCGGGCCAUACAAAACGGCAACGUGAGACCCAUGAUCAUUCGCCCGGCCCCUGCUGGCAUCCUCUACAUCAACCUUCAAGCCCGCCUCGAGGACGGAUUUGUCUGGCUUCAGGGCACCAUGCUGUCGGGCCGAGUGGCAUGGAAAGGGAGACAACUGGCCACCCUUGACGUCAGGAUGAGUACUGUCUCGGCGAGAGUCAGAACCGUUCUGUUGCGGCAGAACAUCAUCAGAUCGACCAACAAGGUGGUCUUCAUGGGACACACACGCAUCCUGAGCAAGACGGCGAAGCUGUGGUCCCCACAUGUGAAGAAGUCGCAAUACCAGAAGCAGUUGCCUAAAAGGCGAAUGGUCCGAAAGACCGACCCUCGCUACCUGGCUCUAGGGAGGUAUAUGGCCCCAUUUUGA